AUCAGUUGAUUUAAAAGUUUUGCUUAGUCAGUGACAUUGUAAAUUGUGGACAAACAAAUUGAAAUGAAGUUUUUUAUCUGUUUUAUUGGUUUGACAACAUUGGCGAUUUCGGGCUUCGAACACACUGAUGUCAGUGAGAAGACGGAAAAAAUUAAAGAAGCUGAAGAAUUCAAAAAGAAAAUAUCAAAGGAAUGUAGCGAUGAAAUUGGAUUUUCCUUUGAAGAUGGAUUAAAACUUUUGCAUGGAGAUUUAACUCAUCGCGAUGACAAAGCUAAGUGCUUUGUCCAUUGUGUCUUCAAAAAAGAAGGUUUCAUCAAUGAACAAAAUCAACCUGAAAAAGAUUUCAUCGUCAAUCAUUCGAAGGACAUUGUAAAAUUUUCGCUCGAUGAUCUGACUAAAGUUAUUGAAAAAUGUUCAAAGUUUCCACACGAAAAUCCUUGUGAAAAUGCAUACGAACUCCUUGAAUGUUAUCAUGAAGAAGAAGCCAUGAGAAAAGCUGAGGAAUCUAAGAAUCUUGUAAUGAAGAUUGCUAAAGAGUGUAGUAAUGAAAUCGAUUUUUCUUUUGAAAAUGGAAUGAAAUUAUUAGAAGGAGAUUUUUCUGACCAAACAAACGAAGCUAAGUGCUUCAUUCAUUGCGUUAUGAGCAAGGAAGGUUUCAUAAAUCAAAACAACAAACCUGAGGUAGAUUUCAUUGUCAAUCAAUUGACAGCAAAAUACAAAAUACCACGUGAAGAGCUCAAAAAUGUUGUUGAGAAAUGUUCCAAAUUUUCAAGUGACAGUAAAUGUGAAAAUGCUUAUGAGCUCUUUGAAUGUUUUCUUACUAAUGAUGCCAUUGCCAAGGCAGAUGCAGCAAAAAAACAACAUUUAAAAAUGAAGUUUCUUAUCGUUCUUCUAGCUUUGAUAGUCGUUGUCGUCUGUGAUGACGACGAUAAGUUAAAAAAAGCAAAUGAAAAUCAGAAGAUAUUAGAAAAGUAUGCAGCUGAGUGUAGUGAAGAAAUCGGAUUUGACCUUGAAAGUGCGAACAAAUUAUUAGUCGGUGAUCUGAGUUUUAACAGCAGAGAAGCAAAGUGCUUCAUGCAUUGCUUCUUUAAAAAGGAAGGAUUCUUUAAUGAAAAUGAUGAACUUCAGAAAGAAUUUAUUGUUGAAUCCAUAGCCACUAUUGCUCCCGUCAACAAGGAAAAUUUAACUUUAAUAGUUAACACUUGUAGCAAGUUCAAAACUGAGGAUGCAUGUGAGAAUGCAUUUGCUUUACUUGAAUGCUUCACAAGAGCCACCACUAAUCCACCGAAGAAGGAAGAGCUUUAAUUUAUUUAUGUCAAAUAUCAAUGUGCAGAUGUCAAAGUUCCUGACAUUUAAUAAAAGAUUUCUGUCAACCGAAUAGAAAUGAAAACAU